AUGGAAAUCGAGCAAGACGUAAUACGUCAACGACGAUCUGGCGGAAGGCUGCGAACAGACGGCAAGGAAGUAGACGACCGGUCUAACAAGGGGGUGAAACAGAGAUUUGAGGUAAAGAAGAAGUCAUUGUCAAGUGAUACUUUACAGAAGACACUCGGUGGAAUUGAAAUUUUGCAAUGGAUAGAAAUAAUUAAGAUGAAAAACAAUACUUGGAGACGGAUCGAUGAUAUCCAGGACAACGCUUUAGUUCGUCGAGGAAAACCAAGAACACAUUUGGUCUACGGUGUUCCCUUGACCGUAAACUGA